AUGGCCGGCGCUACUGCUGUUAAGCCCAUCACGGGCAUGCUGCGACGCAACCUCGUUCUCGACCUUGGUAUCGCCCUCGGUAAGCCUUUUUCCUUGCAGCGAUUUGCUACUCCAGUGUUCAACCCUUGCUUUCCGACACAAUCCGAGAAUGACUCAAUUAACGUUGCCUUUACAGGUCUUGGUUUCGCCAUGGCCAACGUCUACUGGUACGGCUUCCACAUGCCGCGCACGAACGCCCGCGACAGCUACUACGCCAAGCUCGAGCAGCAGAAGGCCGAGGCCCGCAAGGCAUAA